GCCUGGGUUUAUAGUGUCAUCUCGGCCCUGGUGUUCCUCCCUCGCAGCGUCUCUCGAUCCAUUCAUCCAGUCUCUCGAAGCAUGUCAAUGGCGAUAUUUCAGCACGUGGUCACAGCACCCUUUGCACGCGCCGUAAGGUUCCGUACCCUGACUGUCGCCUGUAGCACCGUAACUUUACCUUCUCUCAAGAAGAAGGCCGAGGCAUCAUCAAAAGUGGACUUGCAGUCGCAGGUUCUCCUCGGCAUGUCUGAGCAAGAACUUCAACAACUUGCCGUCGAUUUCGGUCAGGAACGCUACAGAGGUAAACAAUUGCACCAUUUACUGUAUAAAAGAAAAGUUAAAGAAAUUCAAGACUUUAGUCAAGUGCCAUUGGCAUUCAGGAAUGAGUUGCAGGAAGCAGGAUGGAGAGUUGGGAGGUCACCAGUAUAUAAGAAUGUUACGGCAUCUGAUGGCACCAUUAAGUUACUGAUAAAAUUGGAGGACAACCGAUUGGUUGAAACUGUUGGGAUACCAGUGGAGGAUGAUAAAGGUUCAGUCAGGUUGACUGCAUGUGUCUCAUCCCAGGUAGGCUGUCCAUUGCGCUGUUCCUUUUGUGCCACUGGCAAGGGGGGAUUUGCAAGAAACCUUAAGAGGCAUGAAAUUGUAGAGCAGGUGUUGGCAAUAGAAGAUGUUUUCAAGCACAGGGUUACAAAUGUCGUGUUUAUGGGAAUGGGUGAGCCGAUGUUGAACCUUAAAGAAGUUCUUGAAGCACACCGUUGCCUGAAUAAGGAUAUCCAAAUUGGGCAGAGGAUGAUCACAAUAUCAACUGUUGGAGUUCCAAAUACAAUAAAAAAGCUGGCUUCUUACAAGCUUCAAUCGACGUUGGCUAUUAGCUUACAUGCUCCAAACCAGAAACUCCGCGAAAGUAUAGUACCAAGUGCAAAGUCCUAUCCUUUGGAAGCAAUCAUGAAGGAUUGCAGGGACUAUUUCCUUGAAACCAGUCGACGGGUGUCUUUUGAAUACACACUUUUAGCUGGAGUCAAUGACACCAUUGAGCAUGCGUUAGAGUUAGCAGAAAUGCUUCAGGAAUGGGGUCGUAGUUAUCAUGUCAACCUGAUACCGUUUAAUCCAGUUGAAGGAUCUGAUUACCAGCGUCCAUAUAAAAAAUCAAUUCUUGCAUUUGCAGCCGCUCUGGAGUCCCGUAAAAUAACAGUCAGUAUCCGGCAGACUCGAGGUCUUGAUGCUAGUGCUGCAUGUGGACAGCUGAGAAAUCAGUUCCAAAAGAGCCCUUUGCUUCCUGGUGCCGAGGACCAGCAAUCAAACUCAGAGAUUGCAGUUAGUUGUUGAUCCAGGAUUCACCUGUUGCUACCUUCUGCAAGUUAGGUGGAACAGCUGCUUCAUGGGGGUAAAGUCCUACUAGGUUAGCAUCACACUAAGCUCUCGUGGCAAUCAAUGGAUAACAUCCCACAGGAGCAGAAAAGAUUUUCAUCUUAACAAGAGGAUUAUUCAGUGAAAUUGAAGAAAAUUAUGAAAAACUGCAGAUUUUAUCAAAUGCAGGCGACAAUACUCGAGAGCUGGGAGGAAUUGCAAAUGGGGAUGGAGGUCUUAAAGUACAACAUGGUGUAUAUUUUUUCUUCAGGAAAUGGUGGUCUACGACGAUUUUGUGAACUUGCUGAAGUUCAUUUAAGCUACGGCUACAGUUUCAAUAUUGCUAGUAAGAGAGAGAUCACUUUUGAGCUCUUUCUAAAAUUCUCAGCCAUAUGUAAAAGGAAAAAUGAAGAGACAUUUUACACCGUAUAGAGACUAUAUACAUGUCUUCUAAUUCGCCUAA